GCCGCCAGUGGAAUUAUUUCCGGGUGCGAGGAGCUGUGGGAGCGGGCGGGAAGCGACGGUGGGAGCGGGCAGGAGAGGGGCCGGGGACCCGCCAUGUGAGACACCCUGACAGCCCCAGAUUCCACUUUACAUCAGUAGAAAUGGACAGCAGCAGUUUCAUUCAGUUUGAUGUGCCUGAGUACAGCAACACUGUUCUGAGCCAGUUAAAUGAACUCCGCUUGCAAGGAAAGCUGUGUGACAUAAUUGUGCAUAUUCAGGGUCAGCCAUUUCGAGCCCAUAAAGCUGUCUUAGCGGCCAGUUCGCCAUAUUUUCGUGACCAUUCAGCAUUAAGCACCAUGAGUGGCUUAUCAAUAUCAGUUAUUAAAAAUCCCAAUGUUUUUGAACAGUUGCUUUCAUUCUGUUACACUGGAAGGAUGUCCUUACAACUGAAAGAUGUUGUUAGUUUUCUAACUGCAGCUAGCUUUCUACAGAUGCAGUGUGUCAUUGAUAAAUGCACGCAGAUACUGGAGAGUAUUCAUUCAAAGAUCAGUGUUGGUGAUGUUGACUCUGUUACUGUUGGUGCUGAAGAAAAUUCAGAAAAUCGUAAUGGAGUUAAAGACAGCAGCUACUUUGCCAACCCUAUUGAGAUAUCUCCUCCCUAUUGCUCUCAGGUGCGACAGUCAACAGCAAGCAGUGAUCUUAGGAUGGAAACUACUCCAGGCAAAACUCUACGUAGUCGACUGCAAGAAGAAGGGCAUUCAGAUCGAGGAAGCAGUGGGAGUAUCUCUGAAUACGAGGUUCAAAUUGAGGGUGAUCAUGAGCAAGGAGACUUGAUAGUAAGAGAAAGUCAGAUUGCAGAGGUGAAAGUUAAAAUGGAAAAGUCUGACAGGCCGAGUUGUUCUGACAGCUCUUCCCUUGGUGAUGAUGGAUAUCAUACUGAAAUGGUGGAUGGAGAGCAAGUAGUAGCAGUAAAUGUUGGCUCAUAUGGGUCUGUUCUACAACAUGUUUAUUCAUUUACCCAUGCCUCAUCACAGGCUACUGGUGUGUCUGAAACUUUUGGAAACCUUAGCAAUUCAAGUCCUUCAAGGUCAAUGCUGAGCUGUUUCAGAGGGGGUCGUGCACGCCAAAAACGGAUAUCCGCUGGUCAUUUACAUACUGAUGUUCAAGGCUUGGUGCAAGGGACUGAUGGUGAUUCCAUGGUGAGUAAUACAGGAUAUGAAAAUAGUCCACGGGAAAGAAAUGCAAGAGGUCACUGGUAUCCAUACAAUGAGAGGCUGAUUUGUAUUUACUGCGGAAAGUCUUUCAACCAGAAAGGGAGCCUUGAUCGACACAUGCGGUUGCACAUGGGAAUAACUCCUUUUGUGUGCAAAUUCUGUGGGAAGAAAUAUACCCGCAAGGACCAACUUGAGUAUCAUAUUCGUGGUCACACAGAUGAUAAGCCCUUUCGCUGUGAGAUCUGUGGCAAAUGUUUUCCUUUCCAGGGUACACUAAACCAGCAUUUGCGAAAAAAUCACCCUGGGGUAACAGAAGUAAGAAACAGGGUGGAGUCUCCAGACAGAACAGAAGCAUUUGUGGAACAGAAAGUAGACAACGAUGCUUCAGCUUCUGAAACCAUGGAUUCUAGUAUGGAAAUUCAUGCAAUGUCUAACACGUCUGAUUAAAAUAUUACACUCUGAAGUGCAACACAAACAAGCACAUUAAUAAUGUAUUUUUAAAAUAUUUUAUUCUUUUGGUAGUCGUCAUUACAAGUAUAAAAGCCUUUUAAUUUUCCUGACCUUCUGGAACUUAUUGUGAAAUAGUUUCUGGAAAAAACUACAUAAAUAUUCUUUGUUUCUGUAUGUAGGAGGCUGAGUUGGUGUUCUUUUGUUUUUUUUUCACUUUUGAAAAUGCUUAAAAUAUAAAAGACUGUGCUAGGGAACAGAUGGGAAGAGUCUGAUAAAGUGUCUCUACUGGUUGAUCUGGUAAGACACAAAUUCCAGUGGAGAAAGAUAUUAGAAUAAGAUUUGCAUCCCUGCUGGAUACACUAAGAAGCUGUAGGGUUUUUGUUUGUUUUGUUUUGCUUUUUGUUUUGUUUUUUAAUUUUAUUUUACUUUAUUUCCUAAAUCUUAUUGCUGAUAAUGAGGGUUACAUAGCAGUGGGGAAAGAGGAUAUUACACAUUAGAUUCCUUUAUGUUCACCAAUGAUUUUUUUUUUCUUCCUAACUGUUUUUCAUAGUCUAUUUAUAUAUAUAAACUUGCUUUAUAUAUAUAAAAUGCUUUCACUUUUCCUAUUCUGGUUGAAGUGAAUGUAAAAAUAUGUGAAGGUUUGUACCAUGUACCAUUCUUUCAACUGCUAGAUCUCCUCUGUCUAGGAUUUAGGACUUCAGACUUUGGGAGAAUCUUUUUGAUUUUAGAAGAAUGUUUGGUUUUCCUUUUAUUGAACUAUUACUUUGUGUGCAAAUGAGAGCAAAGUGUAUUACCUUGUUUUAAUAGCUUUGCUCUGUAACAUUUGUAAACCAAAUGCCAUAAAUCUAUUAAAUUAUGGUUAAAUUGUUAAGGGGUUUUGUUAGUUGUCUAGAACAUAAACUGGACAACCUGUGGUGCUGACGUUUUUAUAUAUAUAGAGAUAGAUAUAUAUCUAUAUAUAUAUAUAUAUAUUUAAAAAAAAAGAAAAAGAAAAAAAAAGGAAAAAAAGAAAACUAAUAGCAAACCCAAAAGUAGCAUUGUGGUUUUUACUGGCCUCAGAAUCUACCUUCAUUUCGUACUGUAGAAGCAUACCAGGUAAUUAAAUUUAACUUCAUUGCUCUUUGUGGUUGGUUAAUACUAACCUGAGAGAUAUUUUGUAGUUUAAACUAUGGUAUUUCCAAGCAGUAUUUAAUAGAUCUCUUCAUAGAGAGCUGUUUUCAGGUGCACAAUGACUUCCUACUUACAGCUCCAAGUGACAUGUCAGCACUUGGAAUUUGUACUUUUUUGUAUUAAAAAGAAAAAAACAAACAAAUAUGCUAUGGGAACUUCAAGCAAUAUGUCUGUUAUUUCACAUGCAAGUAUUACAGAGUUGCUAUGGCUUCCCUCAUAUCUUCAGUGGUUGUUUGCUGCGUAAAUGAAUUACCAACAACUUCUAAAAUACUCUUUGUUUCACCAAAUGUUUUUGUUGUGUUAUUUGUUUUUUUUUUAAUAUGGUGCUAACUUCAUCAUUUAGGUCAGUAUGAUAUAUUAAAAUGUGAAAUGUAAUGGUAACAAUUAAGGAAAAAUUAAAAAAAAAAAAAUCACACAGUAGUGCUUAAGAGACCUCAAAAGCAUGAGCUGGCAAACACUACUACGUAGAUUCUACCUGAUAAGCAAAAUGAAAUGAAUCACAUACUUCUUUAAAAUACAUGUUUUAUAUGGUUGGGCCUUAUUGUUUAGCAAAGAAUGAAAAGAUAUCCGUGAACUACAUCUGUCUGUUGUCUAGGUCCUGAAAUUUAGAAAAUAAAGGCUCAUUCAUAAGUUAGAGGAAAGCAAAGAGGUAGGUUUGCUAUCUUGUAAUGCUUUUUGGGCUCCUCUGAAGUUGGGGCAUAUUUGUGCAGUAGCUGUAUUGAAUACACUAGUUCUUAAUAUUGUGACAGUCUGCAAUAAGAAUUCUAUUAAAUACCAAUUUUCAGUAUAAAUCUGCUGGCUCCUUGGGGACAGUUUUAAUUAAAUGAAGUACCUAAUUUGCCUGUUUGUCCUGAAACUGCCUAAAAAAAAACAGGUACAGGGAGAUGGGACAUUGUUUCCCUCCCUGAACCAACAAUAGAACUGUUGUUUCCAGUAAGGGAAAUUAUAUGUCUGUGUCUAGGGGAGGGGAGGUAGUCUGUAUGUUUUGUAUGUUUACCCACUUAAAAACAUGUUCGUGUUUCUGAUACUGGUUUUUUUUUUUCUUAUAUGUUGAGGUAAUUAAAUGAAAAAAAAAGGCAAAAAAAAAAAAAAAAAAAAAAAAGCCCAACCUGAUAAAUUAAGUUUGAGACAUGCAAAAUCCAAGAAAUGUACAGUUACACUUAACCCUUAUCUUGGAUCUGUGCUGUGGUGCCUUUGGUGUGACUUUUUCCAUGGAAGUAUGAGUUGAGGAUAGCAGGAUAUGGGUACUGAUUUUAUAUUUCUUGAAUUUCUCUGUGUCACAAUCUUAACACUAUUUAAAUCUAGUUCUUUGUAUUUGUAAAUUUAUUGUACUGGUUUGAGUUUACCAAAGAGUGACUUAUCCAAAAUUGUCUCCGACAAAAGCAAACAAACAAAAAAAGCAUAAACACAAAAUCACUUUGAUUGUACAGGUUCAGGUUCAAAACAUUGUAACAAGACUGUUAAGAAGCAGGAAAUGAUUUCUCUCUUUCUACAAAAUCAUGAUUCAGCAAUUUGCAAGUUUUACUUGCUUCUAUUCAUGUUGAUACGCCAUUUACCUUUUCCACUGCUAGCAGUGUUAAGAAUUACCAAGCCAUAACACAGUACUGUAAAUUUCAACAGUGCUUCAAGAGAUGCAUACAUAGGCGAGUAUAAAAUAUCAUUCAGCAUUACAUUUACACUUGCAAAGUGUGUGACUCUGGUAGAAAACAAACUUCAAACCUGGCAACAGCAAAUAAAUUGUGCCUUGUCACAUAAUGGUAUGCCAGGAUUAACAUUGUCAUGAAACAUGAAGCAUUGUCUGAUUGAAGUUAAUUUCACUAGUUCGCCAAAAAAGAGUAUGCUGUGUUAUUUUAAGCAGAUUAUGGAAGUACUGUACAGUGUUUCAUUUCUGUACAGUUUUAAGUUAGCACGGAACUGUUACACAUUUCAUUUACAAUAAAUUCAGAAGUCAAAAUCUGUGAACGAGUAUUUGACAGCAAAAUAAAUCGUAAAAUUAUGUAGGCUGGUUCAUAAUUGAGUCUCUUCUUAGUCUACCUUUUUAAUUAUAGACAAAUGUGAAAACAGCGACAGUGUCCUUUCCUCUAUAUGUUUAAACAACUAUGAGAAACUGUGAAAAUAAAGGAUUUUAUAUCUUUGCUAAUGUUUGUGGGUUUAAACAGUUAUUUUAGUUUACUUAAUCAGAUAUCUUCCGUAUUAUCUUCAAACUUGUAAAUACAUUUAGAAAAAUAGCUUUGUAAAUACAGUAUAUUAGCAGUUCAGUAUGUUCAAUAAGUCUUCAAGAUUGGCUCUGCUCUUUUUAGUGUGAAAUCUUUGAGUAGCAUAAAGGAUACUGUCGAUUCACUGUUCAGCAGAAUAUACUGUAGGCCUAAAAUGGUAGUUUUUAAUGCAGUCUUCCCAAGCAUAAAUUAAUGUUUUAUGCUGAAGUCUUUGGUUUACUUUUAGACAAAACAAUGAGGCUUCUUAAUAUAUUAAGUUUGAAUUUUGGGAAGAACAGCAGGAAUAAAAUCAAGGGCUGGGAAAUGAUUGAAUGAGCUUUACCUUUAAAAAUAUAUUAUUUGAAUUUUUGUAUUAGUUUACUGUGAUUCUUUUAUUGUCAUUUUUCUAAACAGGUUUCAGAUGAAACUAUUGAAAGGGACUCAAAUAUGCAACACCUAAUCUAUUUUCCAGGGGAAUUUUACCCUUGAAUGGUGCUUUUUGACUGGUCAGGGUUAUUUAUUAAAUUUUAUAUUUGAAAGUAUUUGCGUAAUUGUGUAAAUUCUUUAUAUGAAUCUGUUUAGUUCAUUAAUUGUAAACUUCAUAAUACUCAGUGAUUGAAUCUGAAAUUAAUAAAGUCAUUCAAAAUGUUCAAAGUUUAAACUGUGUGCAUUUUACAUAUCUUCUAACAAGUGCCCGAGUAGUUGUAUUAGAUAUUGUAGUUUCAGUAUAUUUGCACAUCCCUGUGACAGCAUGAAUUUAGUUGUGUAAGUUUACAUCUAAAAAGAAAAAAAAAAAAAAAAAAAAGGCAAAAGAAACCUGGAAUAUGUUCCUGUAUUUAUAUCUUCAGGGGAUGUGAAGCCAAUUAUCAGUAACAGAGCAGGUUUGCUUCUAGUUUACAUAAGUAACUCCUACUAUGGUAGAUACAAUGCACUGCUGUCUCUCCAAUUUACGUAUGCUAUGAAUUCAGCCUUUGGACAUGUAUUGCAAGCCUCUGGUUUUAUAUCUGAUUAGAGGUAGAGCUCUUGCACGAUUUUAACAGUGUUUGUUUCUGACUGAAAAUUUGUAUUUUUAAAUAACUUUUAUUUGUAUGGUUGUUUUUCAUGAUUAAUAUUUGAACAGUUUGAAUGACUUGACUGGGUGUCAUGAUCUUGCAAUAUAAACUGGUAACCUCACAACUCCACACUUCAUCACCACAUGAAGUAAAUGAAGCUAGCUAAGCUGAUGCUGUAACAAUAACUUGCCGUUAAGAAUUAUUUUAUAGCAUGAAUUUUAAAAUAUUUAUUCAAAUGAUAUUUUACUCUUGUAUUCACUUUGGUUUUAGAUUUGUGACAUGAAUAUUUCAGUGCUGCUUUAUUUUGUUCUGAUGAAUUUGUUUCUUGCUUGUAAAUUGCUUUUUUUUUAUGGUAUAAAGUCAAUGGGAAUUGCUGUUUGUAAAUUAAAAUGCUUCUAGAGCAAA